AUGACGACUGAUUUGGAUACUAUUAAUCAUGUCAAUGAAACAACUGCCAUUUUUGACAAUAUCGACAAAAUCCUUGCCAAUUACGAUGAUACCGGUGGCAGUAAGAACAACUCGAUGGCGCAACUUCGUACCCAAGUUGCUUCAAUCUACCCUUAUGAGGACCCAAAUUUCCUUUAUCACUGGUCUUCCGUGGCUCGCGCCGCCAUCAAUCUGGACGCUCGAGCAAACCGAUCGUGUUUCCCUCUCACUUAUGAGUGGCCAGAGAAUCCUGACCCUCAAAGCAUUCCGCCUAUUGUCCUCAGCGGUAGACUUUCACCUCCUCCCACCAUUGAUGUCUACGGUGUCAUUGAAGGGUUCUUCGAUAGACCGAUCCAACCCUCACCUUCCAGGUUUGAGGAUUUAUCGAUGUUUCCCUCUAAUCCUAUCACAAACUCUGGCGAAGCCCCUCCACCACCUCCUCUUUUACCCCAGGCUUUUUCAGUCGGUGCUCGUAUGCCAAGCCCCCCUGCAGUUGACCCCCCUCCAACUCAAGGACCAUCACUCCUUCAUCGUAUCACUUUUUCUAAAAGUCCUUGGUUCCCUCAAAACCCCCCAGUUACAGCUCGAUCUGAUCAUCCAACCAUCUCUCGCCGUACUGUGGUUAAACAACAGCCUAUUCCUUCUCGUCCCAUCUUUGAAAGGAUCGACAAGGGAAAGAGAAAGAGAGAUUCAUCUUUCUCAUCAUCCCGUUCUUCAAUCCCCCCCUUUAUUACAGCACCAGCUGUCUCUGGCAUCCCAGGUCACCCUGGUCUUUCUUCUUUUGUCCCAGCACCAGCUGUAUCUGGAGCACCAGCUACCUCUGGAAUCCCAGCUUUCGCUGGUCCCUUUACAGGUGCUAUUACUUCUGCGCCGUAUUUGGAUGACAACGAGCACCUCGUUCCCGAAGAGUUCUCCCCCGUCUCUUUCCAGUUUUAUGGAGCAGUUGCAUCAUCUGAUCCCCCUCAAAGUCGUCUCCGCAUCAACGCUGAUGGAGAUCUUAAAAACGUUGAAGGAUCAGCUCCCAAAGAAAUUACUGAUAAUAAUCACUGGCAGAACUUACUCACGGUCCUCAAACACGCCUACAUUGCAGCAUUUCCUCCUGCAGCUGUUUCAAUUAAAAGCUAUUUUGACUACAUCCUCAGCCUCCCAGGUCUCUUUCAAGCUAGAGUUCACUGGGAAGAUACUACGAGCACAAAUCCCUUAAGGGCAUCGACAACCAAAUUCUUUACAGCUCAACCAGAAAAUUGGGCCGUGCAGCUAUUCCUUCCUCCAAAUAUCCUACAACUCAAUCCACUCCUUGAACCCCUAGGCUCGCCAUUGAAGCAGCUCCUGCUCCCUGCCAGUCUUCCUCUCGCUCCGCUAUUAAGAAGCCGCGAGGUCGACGAGUCAAGCCCAAGUAUAAAAUUCGCGACUCCGAAACUCUUCCUGUGGCUGAUCAGCCUUGUAAUAACUGGAAUGCUUGCGUGUGUCCCUACAGCAACAAUGACUGCGACCGAGUACACGGGGUAUGCAACAAAGAUGGAUGCUUUGAGAAUCAUCAGGGAAGCGUCGCUCACAAAUGAGCCUAACGCCCGAACCUUUCUGAGAGGUCUUGAAAUCGAUGUUCUCAGUAAAGGUUACUCUGCAGCAGUGGAAUCAUCUAUCCAUGCAGCCCCUCUUCCUUCAGCCCCACCUCUUUCUUCUGAUCCUUUAGCAGCUUACGCUAUUAAAAGAAGACCCGACCUUUUUCAAAUCAACUGCUCAAUCAAUGUAAAAAACUUACAAUCCCUUCUCAAAAAUCACCCGAACAAACCAUUUGUAGAUUCUAUUAUCCUCGGCCUUACAGAUGGAUUUUGGCCAAUUUCAUCUUUACCUUCAGACGACACAGUUUUCAACAAAAACCACGCUACAGGUCCAGAGGCGGAAGAGGUCCUUACGAAAACUCGAGACAAAGAAGUCAAGCUCAAUAGUGUCACCCUUAUGUCUGGCAACAAGUCCUUUGGCAAUCCCUCUCCAAACGAUCUCAUCGAAAAGGAAGACAUCCAGAUAGAUUUAGAUGGCAUCCCUUAUUUCAUCCCAUUUAUGCUUUAUCAUUAUUUCGGUAAACAUAAAUUUAUCCUUUGGAAAUCCGACGUUGACGCCGCCUUUCAAAAUCUUCCUGUCUCUCGCCAGUGGCAAGUUCGCCAAAUCAUCAGAGUGAAAGAUGCUUUUCACGCGGAUAGGAACAUUAACUUUGGUUGUUCCAGCUCCCCAAAGUUAUGGUGUGCAUUCUUUUCACUGAUCCUUUGGAUCACAUAUUAUGAGUUUAAUAUUACAGAACUCAAUGCAUAUAUGGACGACUCAUGGGGUAUAAGUCUAGCUACAGACAUGGUUUCUUUCAAAGGCAAACAGAUCCCUUUGAAUCAAGCUAAAUUCCUAUCCAUUUUCGACUUCAUUAACCUUCCGUGGGCUUGGGAAAAACAAAUUUUCGGCAGCACCUUAGAUAUUAUUGGAUAUUCAGUCAAUUGUGAAGAAGUUUCCAUUUCCCUUCCUGAAGGAAAACGUAUCUCCCUCAUUGUGGCUCUUCGUGCUUUCACUUCUAUUCUCUCACACCCCCUGAUUGACUGGCAGCGCAUCACGGGUUGGGCCAACUGGGGCCUCAACAUUUUUCCUUUGGGAAGAUGGGCUUUACAGUCCUCAUGGGAUAAAAUGGCAGGAAAAUCACUUAGAAAUGCGCAUAUUCCCCUCAACCGUCUGAACGUUGAAGAUUUAAACUGGCUAGCGGAUGCACUCGAAGCUUGGCCAGGCCGACACGUACUGAAACACCUGCAUUGGGCUAUCUCUGACGCUGACUGUAUGUUUUUCACAGACGCGUGUCCUACAGGUUUUGGUUUCUGGCAACCAUCAAAUGGCUGUGCCUGGAGCUGCUCACUACCACCACCAUCCCGUAACAGCUUCUGGGCAGAGCUUUUAGCCGUUGUCUCAGCCAUUAGGAUGGCGGUUGACUUCAAAGCCUCAAAAACAGUUAUCUUUACGGACUCCGAAUCAGUCUUGUACCUGUUCUCCUCUCACCGUCCAACCUCAACCGCUAGGUCACUUUUCAAAUAUGCUAUCAACUUAAUGCUCUAUCACCCAAUAGACGUCAAGGUUUGA